GAACCCCGUUGCUCAAACAAGCUCUAGGACCUCUGGGAGGCUCUCAAUACGCUUGUCCGUGUCUAUGGACGCUCACGUUUUAAAAAUAGGGCCUCGAUAUUAAUUCCCCAACCGCACGACGGUCUAUGUCUCCUCCGAACGCACCGUCGCACCCUGACGACCCCCAAAAUAUACCUCACGAAGAUAGGCAAGAGAAUGGACUAGCGAAGGCGGUAGAAGCUUUAACGGUGCAGCCAGAGGCGGGGAAUGAUAUUGUGAAGCAGCCGGACGCAACCAGCGGUAUCGGAGAGUCGAAGAUUACAAGUCAUGAUGACCCACUGCUGGCAACUGAACAGUCCCAGCACUGUAACGAGCAAACUAGCGCUGAGGAGCAAUUUGAGAGCUCUAGCCAAGACAAAACGUCGUCCAUCGAGCAGAAUGACAAGGAGCGUCCAGAAGCUUUAACCGCCCAAGAACAGUCCAGAACAGGUUCAGAAUCAGUUGCGCGAUCAUCCACGCCUCCUCCUCCGGAGCCAUCGAAUUCCGCAGGCAAAGCGCCUAUCCGCUCACCCUCACCGCCGCCGCCACCACCUAAAGACGAUAAGUACAUAUCUUUAGAUCAUGGCACACCACAUCGGACUAUAUCGCCCGUGUCCCAGGGAAGGUCAAGCGGAAGGACUUCUGAGGAUACCGCUGCGGCGGCUUAUAACCCGAGAUAUGGUGGAAGUGAGGAUGUGGCAGAUGGCUCCAAGUCGGAGAUCCAAAGUAUAAUGGAACAGUUUGAGCUUGGUGCAGAAGCGCCUGGGGAGGACGAAAUAAUGUCUCCGCGCUUGGAACUUGCCUCUCCGCUGCUGGAUUCGCCAAUUACGCACCCACCUAGACGAUCGAGUCUCCAACCCAUCGAUAAGCCUCUCCCUGGCCUCACUGAAACCGCUCCUUCUGACCAACAGCUCCACUCCCCUCCUCCACGUGCAUCGUCAUUGUACCGCGUAGGUACGAACCAGUCGAAGGAGUCCAUGUCUCCGAGCGGGCACGCCAAAGAUUACACACCGCAUGUGCCCCAACCACCCCCCGAGCCAGACCUACCUUUCGAUUUCCAUCGCUUCCUCGAGCAGCUUCGCCAUCGGACUGCUGAUCCUGUUGCGAAAUUUCUGCGCUCCUUUCUGCUAGAGUUCGGCAAGAAGCAAUGGAUGGCGCACGAGCAGGUGAAGAUCAUAAGCGACUUCUUGGAAUUUAUAGCGAAGAAAAUGGCACAAUGCGAGGUAUGGCGCACCGUGUCCGAUGCUGAGUUUGACAACGCACGAGAGGGUAUGGAGAAGUUGGUGAUGAACCGUCUGUACAAUCAAACAUUCUCCCCUGCGAUACCACCCCCCGAACCUGUCCAUCCUACGCGGGGAAAACGAAAAGCCGAUCAGUUGCCGCCGGGACGGAGAGGAGCUCACCAAGAGGAUGUCGAGCGCGAUGAAGUACUUGCGCAGAAAGUGCGCAUAUAUAAGUGGGUUCGCGAAGAGCAUCUAGACAUUGAGCCAGUCGGAGACAAAGGGAGGAAGUUUCUCCAAUUAGCACAACAGGAGCUACUGAAGAUCAACAGCUACCGAGCCCCUCGAGAUAAAGUGAUUUGUAUACUCAACUGCUGCAAGGUCAUCUUUGGUUUCCUCCGGACAUCAACUAAGUCAGAUCAGUCAGCGGAUUCCUUCGUUCCACUUCUCAUCUACACUGUCCUGCAGGCCAAUCCGGAUCAUCUCGUUUCGAACGUGCAAUACAUCAUGCGGUUCAGGAAUAAAGAUAAACUUGGGGGAGAAGCCGGAUAUUAUAUAUUUUCGCUCAUGGGUGCUAUACAGUUCAUCGAGGGUCUCGAUCGGACAUCUCUGACUGUAUCAGACGAAGAUUUCGAGAGGAACGUUGAGGCGGCUGUCUCUGCUAUAGCCGAAAGGCACCCAGAUCCGGAACCCACUGCUCCUGAUCCAGCUCCAGCACCUCAAUUGCGCCCUCCGGAGACGCCAGGGGGUAGUCAUCGGCGAAUGGGCUCUCCGCAUCUUCAUCUCUCAGAAAAGUCGGCACUAUCCCGGCCGGAAGUGACCCCUCGUAACUCGCUGGAUGGGGAGCGUGCUGGGCCCAUUCGCGCUUCCAGUUACCGCAACACCAAAGAAGAGGCCAGCGAACCGGAAGAAGAGAACGCUGCAGUAGCAGGACUACUCCGAACCAUACAGAAGCCAUUGAGCACGAUUGGUCGUAUAUUUUCCGACAAUGACACCCCAACUUCCGCUUCCACAUCGCGUCUGUCACCUCAGCCAGCCAAUUCGGGGCAUGAAAGGCGUCCGUCAGACUACGCAGGGAUUUUGCCACCCCAAGUAAACGAAAAGGAGCAAAUGCGCCGCUCAGCGGACGAACAACGGCAUCGUGAGAGACUGAGUGCCGAAGACGCGGCAGCACGUCAGGCGUCUGCUGAGGCGGAGGAAGCGCGUCGAAUCCAGAGACAGGAGCACAUGGUCAUUGUGGAGACCUUAGCGGGAAUGUUUCCUGCGCUAGAUCGUGAGGUCAUUGAUGAUGUUGUGAGGAUGAAGGAGGGCAGAGUUGGACUUGCUGUAGACGCAUGUUUGGCCUUGAGCAAUCCUUGAGUGCAAAGGGUGUCAUCUUUAUGAAAUGGACAGGGGGUGGGUUGGCACAUUUAUAUGCAUCAUGUCCGUUUAAUUCAUAGCGAGUACCCUGUCUAGCCGCUGCAUUAAUCAAUUCUUGUGUGCAUUAAGUAGCUGCUCUUCCGCUCCCCGCCGUCAUGCUGAGUUUGAGCUAUUACUGUGCUUUUCCAA